AAGCAAAAACACUCGGAAAAACCUACAAUUAUAAAUAGACAUUAACACGAUAAAUUUAUUUAUAAUUCCUUUUUUUCAUAAGCGCUUGCCAAAAUGCAACUGCAAAAAAAAAAAAACUAACCAAUGACUUGAACAUAUUUAGGUGUGUUUGGGUCAAUGUUAUAACUCGCCAGUUGAGAUGACAAAUCGAAAGCUAAGAUCAUAUUUGACUCUAAAUAUUAUUUUAUUUUAUUUAUUUUUUAUCGUAAACUAAAAUUCUAUGUUCACUCUUUCAUAACAAGUGAAUUAAUAGUUAGGAAAUAUAAUUAAAAUGAGAAAUUUAAUGUUUGAGAUUAAGCAAAUGAACUCGUCCUCUAUAAUACUUUCAAUGGCAGAAGCUUACACACACAUUAUAUUUCACUAUAAUAAUAAUAUAAACGUGUUUGGAAUGUGAUUUAAAAAUUUUUGGCAAACACCUUUAUAAGAACGCACCAUAAUAAUUUGAAUAUAAAAUCUACACGUUAUCAGAACUUCUAUAACAGUUUCAACCUAUUAAGCAGACGAGCCAUAGCUUAAAAUAGCUUAAAAUGUUUAAAAUGUUUGUAAUAUUACCGCUGGUGUCAAUAAUUAUUUCAACCUGUUUGGCUGAAGCUCCUUUACCGAACAGAGCACCCUAUCCCCCUUCAGGUUGGCGUCCGCAACGACCAUUCGCUUUACCCGGUCGUUAUUUGCCGCCUAGCCGUCAUCAUCCGAAUCACCAUUCGCAAGGCCCGUCUGGCUAUGAAAUUACCAGGCAACGCGUAGAUUAUGCAGGAGGUGAAACAUAUCGUUUACCUGCACAACAGCAACCGCAUAGCAAUUACUUACCACCUCCACAUCAACGCCAACCAACCUUUAUAAACAUACAACGCCACAACGAUCUCUAUCAAGAUCAACCGCACUAUCAACAACAUUAUCAACAAUUUGAAGAAGAAACGCAGACACAAAAUUCAUUUCUAAAUAACAUUCAGGAAGAACCCCAACCCCAAGUUCAAACGCCGUUAGUAACAUACGGUGUACCGAAGACAAAUAAUACCCAGCAACAACAACAGUUGCAAAUAAAUACAGAGGAUUUGCAAAAAUUGCAAGCUUUACAGGCUUUAAAUUACGCUUUAGAAAAUUACAACAAAUUGCAAGAUAACAAUAAUAACAAUAAUAACGUCAACGUAGGUCAAGCAAUAACGAAAGGACAAUAUUUUGUUUUAAAUCCAGAUAAUACAAUACAACAAGUUUCUUAUACUACUACACAAGACGAAAAUGAGGCUAAAUCUCAAGAUUUCACCGCGCAAUUAAAAUACACCAAAGUCGGCGAACUUAAUGAUCCCUUGUAUAAGUAUAGUGAAUUAGGUCAAUUAGUGCGUGUGGUUAAAAAAUAA